AUUUCAAAUUCCGAACUCAGUCGCUCGAACGCGGAGCUGUCAGCCAGAAGAGCGCGCGUAACUUUUUUUUUCACACUCGUAAGGUGUUUUUUAUUUUAGUUUUAACCAUGAAGGUUUUCGUUGUUUUCGCCGUUCUCGCUCUGGCGUUCGCCGAAGAAAAGGAGGAGGAUAGACCGAAGACUUUCAGGAGGCUGAUCCCUGCUGAUGUUUUGAGAGACUUCCCCGGAAUGUGCUUCGCAUCAACCCGCUGCGCGACCGUCGAGCCCGGCAACACCUGGGACUUGGCGCCGUUCUGCGGCCGCAGCACCUGCGUCGUCAGCGAGGACACCCCCCCGCGCCUGCUGGAGCUGGUCGAGGACUGUGGCCCUCUGCCGUUGGCUAACCCCAAGUGCAAGCUUGAUACGGACAAGACUAACAAGACCGCCCCCUUCCCCGGCUGCUGUCCCAUCUUCACCUGCGAAGAGGGCGCCAAGCUGGAAUACCCCGAGCUCCCCACCCCCGCCCCGGAAGAGGAGAAAAAGGAGGAGGAGAUAAAGGAGGAGAAGCCUAAAGCUUAAACAAGAAACCACCAAUAUAAGUUACAUCGAACUUUCAACAACAUAAUCAAAAUUACUAGGAAACAAAUUUUAUAAAAAAUAUUGCUUGGGCGCCGUAAGCCUUUAAGAGAUUGCAUAUACUUGGGAAAAUUCGACCCAUGCCACCGUGAUCCGCGUGACCGCGAAUUGCGUUCCCAGCCCUAGGCACCGGAGGCAUAGGUCACUUUUUCUUACGUAUAUGAUAUCUAUUUCAGUUUAUAAUCAUACAAAAGCUGAAAAACGAUGUAUCCGGUUAGAAGGACCAACAAUUAUAAGAUCCUGAUGGAAGGACCGCCAAUAAAAUUCUUGUACAGUCGUUAUAAUUUUUUUUAAGCUGUAUAAGUUCUGCUUGGGAUAUCCGGUUCAGAAGGACCAUUAAAGCAGCAUUUUAUGCUGUUGGAUAAAAAAUGAGGACAGCUAAACUUAAAAAGGAAUCAGAACCAUAUCCAUCAAGACACGUACGCAAUAAUCAAUGUAGGCGUACGUAUACGUAAUGGCGCGUGGAUUAAAUUUCACGCCAAAAAAUUACGACGCUGGUCGUUGUAACUUAUAAAAAUGGGAAUGUUCUUUGGUUUCUAAAUACGUAAUAGUAGUGCGUUAAAAAUGAAAGUGAUAUUUUAAUUUUGCUGUUAAACCUAUUUACGGGUGAUUUUGCCCAGUCUUUUUUAAGAAACUUGGCGGUUUAAAAUAAAAUUUCAUUUUCAUUUUGAACAAGAUUAUUCUUAAUCGCAUAGCGAAAAAUUGGUCUCAAAAUCCUAUACCAAAUUUAUAAUUGUAUGGUUUUAUACGGUUGAGUCAGCAUACUCUCAAAAAUUGGAAAACGUGUUAUAACAAUGUGUUGCCAAAUAAAAUAACUCAAUUGUGUUCUCCAUUGUUAAAUUUGGUUCAAUGUAUGAUGAAUCGUGAAAAAACUGUUCAUUGAAAUUUGUUGAGCAAUAAAAGGGACAAUGGACGAAAUCUACUUCCUAUUUCCUGCCUUUUCUGUAUAAAUCAUGAUAAGUUUAACGAAUUGUUCAACGUACCCAUUUUUUUAUCGUCCAUCAGCACGAGAUUUUUUUUAUGUGGACUUUUUAGAAGUUUUUUUAUUCGAAUACCUGAAUAAGAAUAGUUUGUGAUAUUGACAAAAAGUUAUUCAAUAAAAAAUAUAAAAUUUCUAAA